CAUCAUGAGAAGUGUUCCUUCUCAGGAGGAAGCUGCGUUGAGGAUGAUGAAAGGAACAUGUCUGAACAUGCAGGAUCUUCAGAAGAAUCCAUCCUCAACAUACAGGAUUCUGAAGACUAUCCACCUUCAGGAAUCACCAUCAUUUUCUAUAGUUUCAGAGUUAUCUGCCAAUAAUAAUGUUUCAGUCACAUCAUGUAGGUCACGUAGCCACGUAUCACCUGUAGCAGAAAGAAAAAAAGAAUCUCUAUCAUCUAGAAACAACCAUAGAUAACAACCCAUCCUGGACAACAAUCCCUCACUUUCACCGGCCUUGGGAGGCAGGCCAGUCCUCGCCCACAGACAACCCGCCAACCUGAAGCAUAUUCUCACCAGCAACUACACACCGCACCAUAGUAACUCUAACUCAGGAACCAAUCCAUGCAACAAACCUCAAUACCAACUCUGCCCACAUAUUUACACCAGCGACACCAUCACAGGACCUAACCAGAUCAUCACCAGUUCAUUCACCGCAUGUCCACCAAUGUAAUAUAUGCCAUCAAUGCCCCUCUGCUAUGUACAUCGGCCAAACUGGAUAGUCCCUACGUAAAAGGAUAAAUGGAUACAAAUCAGAUGUUAGGAAUGGCAAUAUACAAAAACUUGUAGAAGAACACUUCAAUCUCCCUGGACACACAAUAGCAGAUUUAAAGGUGGCCAUCCUGCAGCAAAAGAACUCCAGGACCAGACUUCAAAGAGAAACUGCUGAGCUUCAGUUCAUUUGCAAAUUUGACACCAUCAGCUCAGGAUUAAACAAAGACCAUGAAUGGCUAGCCAGCUACAAAAGCAGUUUCUCCUCCCUUGGUGUUCACAUCUCAACUGCUAGAAGAGGGCCUCAUCCUCCCUGAUUGAACUAACCUCGUUAUCUGUAGCCUGAUUCUUGCUUGCAUAUUUAUACCUGCCUCUGGACAUUUCUACUACAUGCAUCUGACGAAGUGGGUAUUCACCCACGAACGCUUAUGCUCCAAUAAUUCUGUUAGCCUAUAAGGUGCCACAGGACUCUUUGCCGCUUUUACAGAUCCGGACUAACACGGCUACCCCUCUGAUACUUGAAACCAUAGAUAAGUUUGUGAUAAGAACCAGCAGAUUACAAAAAGAGGUAAUUGAUGAAAAAAUUGUCCGGUUUGUUUAUGCAACAAACUCUCCUUUCCAUAUGAUUGAGAACCUACACUUCAUUAACAUGGUUCAGUCAUUAACAGUCCACCCAACAGAGCAGAUGUUGCAGGAAAAUUGCUGGAUAAAGUGUAUGAAAGAGAAAUUGAGCAGUGUGCAAAAGGUCUAGAGGGUGAAAUUGUUAACCUGAGUCUUGAUGGGUGGAGCAUUGUCCACAAUGAUCCUGUUCUAUAUGCUUGUGUGACAACAGAAGAAGGGAAUGUCUUCCUUACAGAAACAGUUGAUACAGCAGAAUACUUACAAGAAGUAGCAGUAAAAGCUAUAACAAACUGUGAAAAAAACAAUUCAAAUGUCUAGUAUGCAGCUUGGUCACAGAAAAUGCUGCAAAUGUAUCCAAGUUGAGAAGAAAUUAUUUUGAAGAGAGUCCCCAGCUAACAACAUACGGUUGCAGUGCUCAUUUGAUGCACUAGCCAAAUGACUAGCCAAAGACUUCAGUGUUCCAGAAAUAAAGGCUAAUGUUGUUGAAAUUGCAAAAUACUUCUGUAACACCACUUUGCAGCAGUUGCUCUAAAAAAAGGUGGGAGGAACCAAGCUAACUCUCCCACAAGACGUGCUGUGGACCUCAGUAGUGGACUGUUUUGAACGCUGUAUCAAGAUCUGGCCUAAUCUGAUGACAGUUUGUGAAUAAAAUCGUGAAAAAAUAGAUGGCACUGUCCCAGCCAAAGUUCUCAACAUUGGGCUUAAGAGAAAUGUUGAACACCUGCUGAGUACCCUGAAGCCUAUUUCUGUAGCCUUGAACAAAAUACAGGGAAAUCGCAAUUUUAUUGCUGACGCUGUUUGACAUUUGGAAGGAACUGAAUGAGAUCUUAAAAAGGGAAAUAUGCAAUGACCGUUCUUGUCCCAUUCAUUCUUUUUUUAAAGCUUGUAAUUUAACUCUCUGUCUCCAGCUCAUUUUCUUGCAAAUAUUCUCAAUACUCGGUACCAGGGUCAAACAUUAACUGCUGAAGAAGAGGAGUUAGCUAUGACAUGGACAUCCAGCAAUCAUCCCUCCAUAAUGCCAACUAUAAUAAACUUCAGAGCUAAGGGUGAACCAUUCAAGAAAUAUAUAUUUUCUGAUGAUGUUUUAAAGAAGUCAUACCGGAGAACUCGUGGAAGUCACUGUGAAGCACUUGGAUUCAGAGACUGUUGAAGUGGUGAUCUCACUUUUAACAGCAGUAGCUUCUUCUACCAGUGUAGAAAGAAUAUUUUCUUCCUUUUGGACUAAUUCAUUCCAAAUUGAGAAGUCAUUUGGGACCUGAAAAAGCAGGAAAGCUUGUUUUUGUUUUUUUUCUCUUCCAGAUUAUGAACAAACAGGAAAAUGAAGGGACCGAAGUACUAAAAGGAGGAUCUUUGCUUUUUGAUGAUCUCCCACCAUCCAGCAGCUCAGGUAAAGAAGCACAGACAGGGCCUUUGCUUUUUGAUGAUCUUCCACCGGUCAGCAGUGCUGACUCAGGGACAGGAGGACCUUUGCUCUUUGAUGAUCUCCCACCAGCUAGCAGUGGGGACUCAGCUUCACGCAUCACUGAGCAGGUCUCAGCAGUAGGAAAUCAUGGGAAAGGAGAGAAGAGGAAAGUCUCAGAGGAAGAGAAGAAUGGCCAUGAAGAACUUGUGGAAAAGAAAGUUUGUAAAGCAUCUGGAGGCAUCUUUGGACUGAAAGGUUAUAUGGCAGAGAGAAAAGGUGAACGAGAAGAGAUGCAGGAUGCACAUGUCAUCUUGAAUGACAUCACUGAGGAGUGCAGACCCCUGCCCCCUCAAAUAACCCGUGUCUCGUACUUUGCUGUUUUUGAUGGCCAUGGGGGAGUUCGAGCUUCAAAAUUUGCAGCACAGAAUCUGCACCAAAACCUGAUUAGGAAAUUUCCUAAAGGAGAGGUAGUCAGUGUGGAGAAAACAGUGAAAAGAUGCCUUUUGGACUCUUUCAAACAUACAGAUGAGGAGUUCCUGAAGCAGGCCUCCAGCCAGAAGCCUGCGUGGAAGGAUGGGUCCACAGCAACCUGUGUCCUGGCUGUGGAUAACAUCCUUUACAUUGCCAACCUUGGAGACAGCCGGGCGAUUUUGUGUCGUUACAACGAGGAGAGUCAAAAACAUACAGCCUUAAGUCUCAGUAAAGAACACAACCCUACCCAAUAUGAGGAGCGAAUGAGGAUACAGAAGGCUGGAGGAAAUGUCAGAGACGGGCGAGUGCUGGGUGUGCUGGAGGUUUCCCGCUCCAUUGGGGAUGGACAGUACAAGCGCAGUGGUGUCAUUUCUGUGCCGGAUAUCAAACGCUGCCAACUCACACACAAUGACAGGUUCAUUAUGCUGGCCUGUGAUGGCCUCUUCAAGGUCUUCUCACCAGAAGAAGCUGUGAACUUCAUCAUGUCCUGCCUGGAGGACAAGAAUAUCCAAACACGAGAAGGGAAAUUAUCAGCUGAUGCUCGAUAUGAAGCAGCCUGUAACAGGCUGGCCAACAAAGCAGUGCAGCGAGGUUCUGCGGAUAAUGUCACUGUAGUGGUGGUCCGGAUCGAGCACUGAAGAAAAACAUGCAGGGAUGCAGUCCCGAGCUGCAUGUGAUGGAUUUAAAUGCAACAGCAAAGUUUGUGUGAGUGUGUGAGAGAGAGAGAGAGAGCGCGAAUCUGGGGGGGAGGGGGCAUGGGUCUCCUCCCUGGAUGCUCUUCAUUGUAAAUAAACUUCUUUUUCUAAUUGUUUUAGUUCA